UAUGGCUAUGCAUGGUCAGUAACAUGGCAGCUUCAUGGAUAAACUCUUGUCGUCUGGCUCUGUCACGUGCAAAUAGUAUUAUGAGAUUAAAGAGAGGAAUAUCUUCAAGAAACUUCAUCUCCAGCUCACCAUGCACAUACUCUAGGAGACAAAACAUGAAAUCAGUCUUGUCGAAUUGGUCAUGCACUAAAAAAUCGUAUGAUGGACAACGAAGCAGGAUGAUCAUCGUCACAGAGCGUUUGUAUUGCUCUUCUGCGAAACGCUGUUGGAACUGCAACGACGAACUCUCCCGGUCUGAGACGUCCAGUGGAGGACCUCGCGUCGCUGCUCUGUUCUGUGCCUCGUGCAGUAUGAUCCAGCCGCUGGAGGACGGAUUGAACCACUUUCAGAUCAUGGGAAUGGAGGAGAAGUUUGAUGUUGAAGUUCAAGACCUGACCAACUGCUUUAGAAACCUUCAGAGGUUGCUUCACCCAGACAAAUUCAGCAAUAAAUCAGAGACAGAACAGAACUACUCCGCUGCCCAGUCAUCGGCUGUGAAUCGAGCUUACAAGGUGCUUCUCAAACCACUUUCUAGAGGCCUCUACUUGCUUGAGCUCAGAGGGUUUUCAAUAGAAGAAGGAGAGAGUAAUAUAGAACCGUUAUUCCUCAUGGAGGUGAUGGAAAUCAAUGAAGAGCUAGCCGAUACUGAUGAUCUUGAAACUGUCAAACGAAUAGGAAAAGAAAAUACAGUGAGUUUGAACGACCAUCUGGAUAAACUCAGAGUGGCUUUUGAUGAAGCUAAUUAUCCUCAGGCACGGGAGCUGCUGAUGAGGCUUAAGUACUAUGCCAACAUCGAUGAUAAAGUGAAGGAGAAAGUCGGUACCAACUGAGAUGCUGUUGCAGUUGAGAAACCCCAUCACUGAUGCUGUAUCCAAAUAUGCGGCCAAAGAGAAGCCACAUUGGUCAAGCAGAAUGCAAAAAUGCUGCCACAGAGUGACCCUCUACCAGGACAUCCCUACUUGAGUAGCAGCUGUUGAAGGAACUUCAUCAGCAGCAUCCAGUCUUCUGCCUUCAAGUAAAAUCAAACCUUUAAGGUUUCUAUGUUUUUUUUCAUAGAUUUUAUAUCUUUUGUUCCUUACCUUGUCAGUCAUGUUAAAGGAUCUACUCAACUUUCUGCAUGAUUCUCUGAAUGUAAACCUUACACAGGUCUAACUCUGAUCUGGGGUUGGUAAAAUCAAAGGUUUGCAUCCAAUAACUAAGUGAGGAUGGCCAGUGGAGAUCAUUGUUUCUUGUGCAAUUUGUUCAAAACACUGACCAGGAACAGUUAUAUGAUAUUUUUCUAAAUGUACUUGCAGUCCAUCUUAUUCCUUUAAGUCACCAAGACUUGGUUAAGGGGUUGACUUAUUGAUAUCUAAAAUUUAACACACCACCUGUUUAAAAGUGAACCCUAUUUGUGGUAACAAUCACAAUGAAUUCUUUCAGAACCCUGUCAAAUGGCCAUUGAAGUGUUUGCGUGUAUAAGUACGUGCCAAACGGUACAGAUAGAUAGAUAAAUGCUCAGUAAGAAGCAAAAUAAUCAUGGCAAUCUAUCCAGAGAUUUAUUUUCUUGAAGUUAUGAAUAUUACAUGUUCCCACAUUUUGCUUAUUUGUGUUGGUAGAUUUUCUAUAUACUCCAUUUUUUAUUAACCCUUUAGGAACUUCUUUAUCUAAAAUGACCCUGUUUAAUCACACUGAAUUUGCCAAGACCACCCAUUCAUAUCAAUGCAAUAAUAGUAAUAAUUCUAUGGCCUACCUUGGUAAAUAUAGGUGAGUCAUCUUCAUGAUGUCUACUGGUAAGGUUCUGCAAAAAAGACUACUACUAAUUAUGAACUUAGUCUUACACAUAUGUGUAUAUAUUUACAAGAAAUACAUAUCAAAAUGAAAUUUGAUCUGUCAAAUUCUGACUAGCUAUAAAGUAAGCUAGCUUAUACUCGUGUGCAAUAAUAUCAUCUAUACUUCCAUUAUUAUAACCUAUAUUGAUGUAAUAAAUUAGAACGUAUCUCAUUGUGAAUCAUGUACAUGAAAAAAAAUCUUUCCUGCAUCAUAACAAAAACAAAGGCAAUCCAGGUGCAUGAGAAAGAAAAAAAAAGGUUGAUGACUAUCAAAGCAUAUAAAAGCAAACUCAGUCACACUAUUUUAUACAUCUAUUCAAGAUUGACUCGUUUUUUACAGUUCACUUCAUGUUAAAAAUAAAACAGAUUUUUUAAUCGCAGCAAAAAUCUUUUAAACUAAAAUCACUUUUCUUGAGUGAUCGCGAAAGCAAAAAGGGAUGCUUCUUCCUUUGAGCACUGGAAUUCAGAGGAUUUCUUCUUGGGUAGCUGUCACAAAUCUGCCACAAAUAUUUUCUUUUCAUUGUACAUCAAGUUUGUUGAUUUUAAAUUUUCAAUGCAGGCCUUUCUAAUCCUUUCCUUGGUGCAGUACAUUGAAAUUCCAACAUGAAUUCUCCUAGGUGGGGGAGGUUGUGACUUGUCUUUUGGUAUGCUUAGGAUGCAAAGUAUGCAUCAUCAUUAUCAUUUUGAAAAGUUUAACAACUUUCUAAAUUCUUUAAUACUGUCAGGGACUAUGUCCAUGUUUCACUACAUUACAAAGGCAUAACAAGUCAGAACUCUUGAUACCAUUGCCCUAAUAGCAAUUUUAAGAUUUUGCUAAACUGUGAAAAUGAUGAUAUAGACACUUAAACAUCAAGUUCGCAAAUUCAGACAGACAAAGACAUGAACAACCUGUCUGUUGGUCAUCUGACCGGCCGGUGACCGUCAGGAUAGAGGUUUAAACAGAGACAAUAACAACAAAUUGAUCUUAUGCAGUUGUGGCAGUCUUUUGGACCACCCUUGAUGAGAACAUUCCUGGGAUGCCCAACUCAUUCCAAGCCUCAUGCAAAUAAAUACAUGUGACUAUCUUCAUGUUGGGACACCCAUGGAAGCAUGCGCUGAAUAUCCCAGCAGGGAUAUAACUAUCUUCACACUCUGUGAAUACUUCACGCCUGCCAAAAAAAAAAAUCUAUUUCUAGGGAUACUUUUCACAAACUACUACCUAAAUCUAAAACAAUGGAAACACCGUACGCCACAACGAAUGGGGAUUUUUGAGGUAAUUUUUUUUUCCCAGGGCACUUUGGAGCAUUUGGGGCAAAAUUGCUCCGAGUCCCCAUGUAAUUUUUUCCCUGCCUUACGAUAGGAAGAAAAAGGGGUGCAGAACAGUCUAAGAUACUUCAAAUUAACCCCUUUCCAACCUAUAAUUUAACGAUCAUAAUACCUAAUAUGGCAUUAUCUGAAAAAGAGAAUCAUGUCACCAAAUUUCUGGGAACAUGACAAUAUGACCAAGCUUGUAUUUGCAAGAAAAUACAGCCGAAAACAUGCUAAACCGUACUUACGUAACUAUAUUAGUUACAAUUAGAUUUGUGAGAAAUUGAUUUCUUCAAAUUUGAUUUGUUGUAUCGUGGCCUAUAAACUUAUACUGUAAACUAUGAUAACUUAUGCACUAUAAAUCUAACCUUAAGAUAUGGAUCUCGAAGUUGAUGAAGGCCUGGAAUGCUCAGGAAGAUGAAGUCAAAGAGGUCGUUGCAGAGCGCUCUGGGUCCUAGCUGUAGUGUAGCUGCCGGGGUAUGGUGCUUCCUCAGGCCGGUACGCUUUCAGCGGUGGAUCCAUGCACACUCAAUAACAACUCAUAACAACUAACCUAACU